AUGAGGCUCCUGAGAGGCAAGGUGGACGAGGUCACCGACAUGGUGCAGGAGGAUCUGAUGGGGCUGCACGGCAAGCUGUGCACCGACCUCGAGAACCUGCAGGCCGACCGGGAGGCCGCGCCGCGCGUCUUCGGCCUGCCCAGCCCAGGCAUCGGUGCGGUCAUCGUGGAGGAGCCCCCCGCGCCUGAAGAGGCCGUGGACGAUGACGACUGCAGGUGGGAGCUGCAGCACAAGGCCCUGGAGAUCGAGACCGCCACCAACGAGGGGCACCCGGAGGUCACAGAGAACGAGCAGCGCGCCCGCGUCCCGCGCGGCGAGCAGCCCCCGGAGCACGGCGAGGUGCCCCCGAAGGUCAUCGGCGGCAGUCCACCGCCGCUCGGCGGCGGCAGCCUGAUGGCACGGCUCGAGCCGCAGCGCGCCAGCACCAUCUUCCAGAACACCCUGCCCGCUGAGGUGACCGGCGAGGCGCUGCCGCCGCCCUCGCCGAAGCCCGCCACCCUCGGUCUGGCGGAGCUGCAGCGCAAGAUGGACCAGAAAUUGGACAUGAGCCUCAGGCACAUGGACGAGUUCAUCACGCGCCACGAGGUUCAGCUCCAGCAGAUGGGUGACAUCGGGAGCCGGUGCUCGGGCUUGCAGCGGUGCGUCGACGACUUGCGGGAGGAGAUCGGCACGGUGAGGGGCAACCUGGACGUGCUGAGGACGUGCAAGGUGCUGACCCACCUGCGCGCCAUCCCGGACCUCUGA